AUUUAGCGUAUCUGCAUACUUGCCACAAGCGUUUCUUUCAUUGCGCUGAGUUGAGUCGCACUUCUCCUCCAGGCCUGCCUGCAAUUUGUUUUUGGCUUUUUGUUUGUUUUGUUUUAUCUUUUUUUGGAAACUGAUUUAACCGUUCGUUCCGAUCCGUUCAAGGGAAGGGCACCGAUCUGGGAAGAUGAUGAUGGCUCCGGAGCCGCUGCGAUCUGCGAUGACCAUCGGGAGCGCGGAGGACACGUCGCUCGCGGUGCCCUGGGACAACAAGUUGCGCACGGGACAGCAACGCGUGUUGGAUCAAGUGCACACCAUCAAGAGGAGCAAGUCCAGACCGGGGAAGAACGGCUCAGCUUCUCCCUCACCUACAAACCUGACUCCGCAGAUCUGGACUACAAAUACAGAGUUUUCAUUGUUCAAGUUUUCUCCAUCCAAAGCAAAUGGCACCUUCAGCCGCAGCAACUCCACUAUGUCUACAGGCUACAACAAAGUGAUAAAUACUCGGAAGAGUCAGACUCUAUCCAGUAAAUCCAUGGGAGGAAGAUAUUUGAGCGCCUCCGGAACAUGGGACCAGCAAGCUAAAGUUUCCACCUGGCCCAAAAGUCCCAAUGGGCUGAAACCCAGUUGCAGUGACCCUGCCUUGGCUCCUCCUUUUUCUCCUGCCCCUGCACCUGCAACUUUUACGAGAGCCAAAGGCCAGGCGGUCCAGAGCCAAAACGUCCAAACUCGAGUAAAUAGACACAGCCUCUACUCUGUAACCAACGGUACUCAGAUGACCAACAGUCAGACACGCAUCGUUCGGCCACCCUCUGCCCUGUCCCACACCGAGGGCAAGAUGGGCACCAUCAAAACAUCUAAGACAGAGCUACAGCAAACAGCGGUGAGCAGUGGGAUAAACAUUUCAGACCUGACCCUAAAGGAGGCCAUAGAGUUCCUGUGUCACCCUGAUGAGAAUUUCAAGCAGUGUGGAGCCACCUUCAUCCAACACACCACCUUCAAAGAGGAGAGUGCCAAACAGGAGGUUUUCCAGCUAGGGGGUAUACCCCUUCUGGUGACCCUGCUGCGGAGCCCCAGCCCCGGGGUGAGCCAGGCUGCUGCUGGGGCUCUGAGGAACCUGGUGUUUAAGAACCAUAACAACAAACUGGAGGUUCAACACUGUGAUGGUAUAGCUAAGUCCCUGCAGCUACUAAAGGAGACAGAUUCUACCGAGACUCAGAAACAAAUCACAGGUCUGCUAUGGAACAUGUCGUCUGCCGAUGAGCUGAAGGCAGAACUUACAGUGACAGCAAUGCCCGUCCUGACUGAGCAUGUGGUGGUGCCAUUCACAAGUUGGUCAGACAACACCACCAAUAACAACAUACACCCUGAUGUCUUCUACAACGCCACAGGGUGCCUGCGGAACCUGAGCUGUGCCCAGCGGACGGAGAGGCAGGCAAUGAGAGACUGCCAUGGCCUCAUAGAUUCCCUGAUGAGUUACGUCCAGUCCUGUGUGGCAGAGGAAAACUCUGAUGACAAGUCUGUGGAGAACUGCGUGUGCAUCCUCCAUAACUUGACCUACCAGCUAGAGACAGAGUCUCCUCUGUGCUUCAGCAAAUACAGUCCUCAGCAAGAGGGCAGACAGAGUACGAAAAGCCCCACUAUUGGAUGCUUCAGCCCCAAGAGCAGCAAGGCUCAAAAGCAGUUUUCAUAUGACGUGGAUCGGGCAAUGCCAGAGGACAGUACCCCAUCAGGUGCCGAGUGGUUGUGCCAUCCCAAAGCUAUGCAGACCUACCUGUCUCUGCUGGGCUCGUCCCAGAAAGAUGCCACCCUGGAGGCCUGCUGUGGUGCCCUGCAGAACCUCACUGCCUGCAGAGGAAGAGGGUCUGAUGCCAUAAGCAAGAUUCUGGUUCAGAAGCUGGGUGCUCUGCUGCACUUGCCCCCUCUGUUAAAGUCACCUAACUGUAACCUGCAGAAGACCACCAUGUCCCUGCUGAGUAACAUGUCUCGGAUCAGCACUUUGCAGACCCCCAUGGCAAAGCAGAUUCUGCCUGCCCUCACAAGCCUCCUCUCCUCUGGCCCCCGGGAAAUGGGAAAAUCCGAUGACAAUAUAGCAACAGCUUGCAGCACAGCACGUACUCUAUUAUUUGCAGACACUGAGGUCAGCAAGAAGGUCAUUAAUAAUGAACUGGUGACAUCCCUGGCUGACCUCAGUGAGAAUGGGUCUUAUCCAAAAGGCAAAAAAGCAGCCGCACUGCUGCUCUACAGCCUAUGGAAUGAGAAGAAUUUGCAAGGUGUUGUGAAAAAGCUGGGAAUGGCCAAAUCACUUUUUGUCAAUGACAACACCACAGCAGCGCACAAGUCGGUGCAAGUUAUCGAGUGAGCGUGAGGGACUAGUGGCAUCACGCAGCCUGAGAGGCACGGUUUGUUUCUGGAUGCUUGUAGCUACAUGUAUUCAGGAUUUAAAGGCCCGGCGGGUCCAGAAUGAACAGAAUUUGUAUCAAAAAGAUUCAAACUUUUUCUCUGUGCCACUCUUUUCUCUCUUCCAUGUGCUCGUGUGUGUACUUGCAGAUUGAAACCAGCAAGUUUAGACACUGCUGUGGCCACACCCUUGCAACAAGGAGAGUAAAAUUCUUCAUGUUAUAGCCUAGCUGAAAGUUCUUAUCAAUCAUGUUUGAAUCAUAUAUUGUACAUAUUUUAGAGAAAAUAGAGCUUUUAAUUUCAUGAGUAAUCUUGCGGUGUUGUAUGUAUUUAAUUUGGAUAUGUUCCUGCCUGUGCAAAUGAAUGGGUGAGUGUGUUUUUGUUAGGUUAAGUGUGAGUGUGCUGGAAGCUACUUCUUUCAGCCUGUGAGCCACAAUACACCAGACAGUGUGGACGGACAGUGCUAUCUGCAGGGAAACAUUACUUAAGACAUGCAGAUUCACAAAUGGUAUCGCUAUAAAAAUGUGUCUGUCUACAGUGGCUUAAAGAUAAAUUAUCUAUUGUGGCCUUGAGGGCUGAGCAGCUGAAAACAAAAGCAAACAGAAAAAUAAGAAAAACUAAAAAGACAAAAACAAAAGAUUGUGCAACAAUAUUUUUCAUACUGUUGCUAUCAGAUGAAAUCUUGUACAUCCAAAGAGUGUGCGCUGUAGGAAUAAACUACAAUAAAAAAAAAAUUCAUUGUUUGCUUUUUUGAAGUUAAAAGGCAAAAUAUGGUUAAAUAAGUUGAAUGUACCUACAGUAUGUCAAAGACACUUCGAUUUGAAAGGUUUCCACACAAAUGCAAAGAAGUGCUACAUUUCUAAUGUUCAGUGUGGUUUCUUGGAAUUUUUUUGUAAAUUUGUUCUGUUGUCUGUUUCAUUCGAAAAUGAGUAGAAACAGCUUUCAACAAUAGUGCCUACACAGAUGAAUAGUUUGGGGAAACACUUAUUUUCUUUUUUGCUGAGAGUUAGAUGAGAAACCACUCUCCUGUCUCCACAAUAAAUGUGAAGCUACAGCCAGCCAGCAGUUAGCUUAGCUUAGCAUAAAGACUGGAAAUGGGGAAACAGCUAGCCUGUCUCUGUCCAAAUGCAAAUCCACCUACCAGCAACUGCAAAGCUUACUAAACUAACAUUUUAUGUCUUGUUUGUUUUAAUCUAUACAAAAACCAAAGUGUCAAAGCAACACUUGAAAAACCCAUGAAGAAAACCAUGUUUGUACACUUUGUUUUUUUUUGUGAAGGCUUAAAAAAAAUAAGACAUGAGGUGUUCAUUAAAGGAAGUAUGAUGCCUUUGGAAGGCUUUUUCCAGUCUUUCUGCUAUGCUUAGCUCAUGCUGGUAGUGGCUUCACAUUUGGUACUGAUUUUUUUCAUCUAAAUCUCAGCAAGACCGCAAAUAAACUUAUUUCCCAAACUGUUAAACUCUUUCUUUAAAGUGUAGUACUAAGCUCCUGGUUCUGUUAUGCUGCUUUGUCAUUAGCUUUCCUAUUGAAAUUUACAAAUGCUGUUAUGUAUUGUUUUUUAUUUUUUCUUGCAUAAACUAAGGCGUUGGAGAAAAAGUUUGCAAUAUAGUACAUGACAUGUAACACCUGGGCACAGCUGGUGCACAUUCACUUUGCUUAUAACUGUGUAUAAAAAUUUGGAGCAAUAUACAGAAAUAGCCCAUGGAAAAAACAACAAAAAGUGAAUUUUUGUUUUUUCAACCAAACACCAAUAUGGAUAAUGAAGGGCCUGUGCCCUCGAACACAAGUCUGAUAAAUGAUGACCUGUGUGUGCUACCUCAGCUGAGAGGCGCACAUUGAAAUAUACUUCUAGUUCAGGGCAAGUAAAGAUUACAGGGUUUCUGCGCUCAUAACCAAACUAUAGUCUCGUUUUCAGGAAUCAGACUGAAAAUGUUUCUAAAAUUCAAAUUAUUCUUGAAACCCCAGCAUUACAAAUCACAAAAGCAUCUUUGCGAAGAGAUGAGAUGGUUGGCAGCUGUGGGGAUUCCCCACAGCCCCACAGUGCACUGCAGUAAACUGGUUUUAUGCUUGAGACUCACAGUUACACUGAGGUUCAUUUGCCCCAGAGAAGAUUGAAGUCAGUAUUGCUUUGAGUGUAUUUUUGGAGAAGUUUGUGUGUGGCAUAUAAUUAGGAGCAAUCUCUGUCAUUCAGUUUGUACAUAGAAUAAAUAACAUAUAUACAAACAAGUGGUGAUCUUUUCUUCAGCAACCAACUAAAGUAAUUAUGAAUCCUAACAGAAGGUGCAUACUAUGUGCAUAUUUGACACUUGUGGAAUCCAUGUUCAUCUUUUUUUUUUUUUUUUUGUAGAUGUCUUGAACUAAUUAAGCUUCAAGUUUUCAUUCCAGCAGGGUUUUUGUGGUGUUUGAGAGUGCAUGCCGUUCUCUGCCUAUGAGAGCUGCAAUGAAAACAAACUGAAAACAAACCUUUUGGCUCCAGUUUCUAAAACUGUGUUUUAGGGUCUGACUGAAGACUGAAAUUUCAAUCCCCAAAAGUUGAUUUUGAAUGCAUUUUUCACACAUUUCACAGUUUUAAUCAUUAAUUAAUCAUCAGUUUCAGUUAUUCACAAUAUACUGAAGAUAGCUUUACUGUGUCUUGCAUGAUUUAGAUUUGUGUGUCUUUCGUCACUCUGUCCGUUUUACCCUCUUCCUCUCUGCUAAAGUUGACUGGUUGUCUGAACCAGCAGGUUUGUUCUUUAGUGACAAAAUAAAUUGUUGCUGUUU